AUGGCAAUUUUUCGAAAGGCAAUCACUGCACCUCCGUCUCCAUGUCUGCAGGUCAUGACGCCUCCUCGCAGGCCACCUCGAGAGUCGUCCUUGCGGAGCACUGAUAAGGAUGAUCUCAAGCGACUUUUUGUCGAUGCCAUCCGACAGGUGUUGUCGGAGAUGCCCGUUGUGCCUACCUCGUCGCCUGAAAAAUCCCGGCUCACCACUGCCAGCCUGCUUACGGAUCUUCUGGAGCUCUUUCAGUCCACUCCGACUUCCGCUGCUACUACCGGAAACUCGCCAUCAGCGUCUGUUGGCGUCGAGAAGGACAACCAUCUUCAACUGGCUUGCGACAGUCGGGCCGUGACACCCCCUAACAGCCCCUGCAUCGCCCCUUCGGAGCCUGUUGCAGUUUUCCAGCUGAAAGAGCUCACUGAUUCCCUCGUUCAUGUUCCCGACGACCCGAGAGCAUAUCCAGUCUCUGCAGAGAAGUCGCGACCCUUUGCAUGCGGCUGCAAGGUCUCUGGAAAUCCAAAAUCGUCAGUGCCUCUCAACGACGAUGAUGUUGAAAUUCUGCAAGAUCUUGGACCAGCGAAUGGUGAUCAAGCGACGCCGAACACGGCUAAUAUCGCUGCUACAGGUGGACAACGGCUGGUGGAAGGCUCUCGGAUUUCGAAUGUGGAAGAGGGGAAGACUCGUAGAGUGUACGGUGUUGCAUUCUAUUUCCUUGACAUCGCUAAUCUCUGUUUUAGCUGCGACAUAAAGGAAGGCGAACACAAGUGCGCCUCAGGACCUUUUGGCACCUCAACACCUCAAUUCACUGCAGAUGAGCUUGAGAAGCUGUCGGCAAACGCUGCCCACACGAGAGGCCCGUCUGACUCUUCCGACACGGCAGAUGCUCUUGGCUUUUGUGAGGCUAGUGAGAUCGAAUCCGAAGAUGUUAGAAGUGAACGUCAGGGUAUUCCCCUUCCCGAGAACUCCCACCUUCCCUCGGAGCCUGUAACAAUGAGCCAGCUGAAAGACCUUUUCCAAGCUGUGCUAGAAUGCAAACCUCAAACAGAUGGGGCGGGGAAUGGUCCCGCUGGACCUGAGAAGAAGGCAGAAAACAAUCAGGACAGAGAGGACAAAAGAAUUGUGGCCUCCAGGAUGGAGUACAAGACCGUCAAUGAAGCCUGGGACUCCAAGACGUACGAGUACAAGGUCGUCGAUUCCCCUCCCCCGCAGGAUGUGAGUGAAUUAGACGAAUUCGUAUUCGUCGUCCGCAAGCGUAUCCAGAAACAAACGCACGACGUCAUCAUCUACGUGGACAUUAAGUCACCAAGCCUGCGAGACAUCCUGAGAUGCAUCCUGAAAGACAUUAGAACGGCGGGACUAGAAGCCGACAAACCUGCGGUGGAGCGGAACUUAUUGUUCCAUUUCCUUCCAGAGUUGAAAAAUUUCGGCAUCAGCUCCGACGACGAUACCACGGAAAAGGAUGGCUUGCAACAUCUGAGUCUGUUAAUCAAGCACCUAGAGGAAGCAUACGAGUCAACAACUGCCCAAAUGAACUCGCUUUUGACUCACAGGAAGAUAACAUACGACUUGUUAUGGGCGUUCUUCAAACCGGGCACGCUGCUGUACAUGACCUGCCCUUCCACAGGCCUGCCCCGUUGCGCUCGGUACAGCUGCGGCAAAGAGACGAAGACGGUCCGGAAGGGUGACUGUUUUGCGAUCCAGUGUCAGUAUUUCGAUUACGACGGAGAAGUAUUCGGCGAGUCUACCGAGACUUUGCAGAUUGAAAUGUUCUCCGCGGCCCGCAGGAUCGAAAACCUCCCAGCAUAUCCAUUGGAAUUCCACCCUGAACCGGAAAUCUGGUCGCGCCUGGUAUCGGCUGGUCGAAAGUUCGUGUCGCUCAUUGGCUGUUACCAUCGGCAGUAUGACGGGAAUAUGUUUGUCCCACAUAAGGAUCAACUGGUGAAAGUCCAUGUCAGUAGCAAGAUCAUGAUCGACGCUCAGCAGUUCCGGAAGUGGAAUCCCAACUAUGCAAGACUGGCGAUGCAAAAGCUCCAUACCGAUAUGUUUGGCCAAAUAUUGGAUCACGAGAUGAUUGAUCGCGUUCGCAGUAACGGUCUGGACCUCAGCGAGCUAAAAGAGGAAGAGCUAGCUAUCUGCAGUCCAACGGUUCUCGGUUUCUCCUUGAACGAGAAAAUUUGGGGAGAAUUUGCCGUAGAAAAGAUAGCUGAGAUCCAAUUCUCAGAUACGCCCUUUGACAUGUUAGCUAUCCCAGAGGACAAGAAACGGGUCAUCAAAUCUCUGACUGAAAGUCGGGUCUGCGCAACGACCGAGGGAAAAUUUGAUGACAUCAUUGAAGGAAAGGGGCAAGGGGUCAUCAUACUCCUGCACGGCCCCCCAGGCGUGGGGAAGACUUUGACAGCAGAAGCCAUCGCAGAACGGCUUCAACGACCGCUCUACUCGAUUUCUGCUGGAGAUCUCAGCGCUCGAGCUGAGGAGCUUGAAGUCCAGCUAACGCGUACCUUCCGUGUUGCCAGCGACUGGAAGGCUGUGCUCCUCCUGGAUGAAGCGGAUGUUUAUCUGCAGCGACGGGAUGGCCUGCAAUUAGAACGCAAUCGCCUUGUUGCCACUUUCUUGCGCACGCUUGAGUAUUAUCCCGGCAUCUUCUUCCUUACCACCAAUAUGCUGCAGGACUUCGAUGCAGCCAUCCUUGACCGAAUCCAGUUAAAGUUGCAGUAUCAUGAUCUAGACUCAUCGGCUCGACAAGCCAUCUUCAGACACUUUUGUGCUGAGACAGGUGCGGAAAUUUUGGAAGAUGAGAUACGCAAUUUCGCGGAGAUCAGUCUGAAUGGUCGGCAGAUCAAGAAUGUUAUCAAGCUUGCACACAAUGUCGCCAUGUCCGAUGGGGUUCCACUGUGUGCGGAUCACAUUCGAUCUGCUCUCAGAGCAAACGGGUAUACUAUACCCACUCCUGGCUCCAUGAUGGAGAACAGUCUCUAUGACUAG